CCUCUUCCGCCUUCCGCAAUUGAGCUCAUUGUAUAUACAUAAAGAUUUGCAGCAGAGCAUGUCAGCGAUAUAAACAUCCUCCUGCUGAUACGAAACAUGGCCGACAAAGAAACGAACAUCAAAUUGGCAACAGAAGCAUUCAAACGCUUACAAAAGCGGGCGAAGCAACUCGAAAUAGAUAGGAAGAAUUUGAGGAAGAUCAAAUCGCUGAACGCACUCAAAACUUCAAGUUACCGACGGCUAAUUGCUGCAUUGAUAUGCGUGGUUACACUGGUGUUAUUACCUCCUCUGACAUACAAAGGUUUUACUUCCCUUCACGAAGAAACCCAGAAGAAUUUCAUGCAAUUCAUAGCCGACAAUGUUUUGUAUUUUGACUUGGAGAAAGAUGUGUGUUUAUUACAAGCUGUUGAGCCCUAUCUGGAUCUAUUUAGGCCACCUGUGAACUGCUCAAUAUGUGAGAAUGUCGACACUGUUGAUGUCGUCACUGAUUUGAGCAAAGAUGAAUUCUUGCAGAAAUAUGCUUACACCGGGCGUCCCGUGUUGAUAAGGAACGGCAGCAAGGGUUGGAGUGCAUUAUCCCAUUUUAACUUCGAGUUUUUUAAGAAUAUCUACCCGAAAGGUAGUCCAGUACUGCAAUCUGAAGAUAAGGAUUGUCAGUUCUUCCCAUAUCGUACGAGUUUCGAAAGUCUAGGAGAGGUUUUUAAUAUGUCCAAGAGCAUGGCAAGAAUGGAAGGAAAGCCUUGGUACAUUGGCUGGAGUAACUGCGACUCCAAUGCAGCCAAUGUCCUGCGGAAAUACUACGAAAAGCCUUAUUUUCUACCAGAGGAAUCCGAGUCUAGCAGAACGGAUUGGAUAUUCAUGGGAUGUCCAGGAUACGGCGCUCAUCUUCACAUCGACGCGGUUGGCAAGCCAUCGUGGCAAGCCCAAAUCAAAGGAACGAAGCAAUGGAUAUUGGAACCGCCUCCAGAGUGCUACUUCAAGUGUCAAACUUCUAAGCAUGUUGUCGUCGUGCAACCUGGUGAUAUUAUUGUUUUGGACACAAAUAGAUGGUUUCAUCAAACUGACAUUAUCGGUAGUGACAUGAGCAUUACUAUCGGCUCGGAGUACGAUUGAGGCUGAGAGAUGUUAUCAGAAAGAGUAAAAAGUAGUAUUUGACUAUGAAUAGAAAACAGCCUGUUGAAAUCCACGUAUAUUUGGCCUGCCGUCCAACCAUACGAUAUGUGAGUCUGACUACACUUUCGAUGGCAGCAAGUAUUUUAGAUCCUUCAAAGAACUUUUGUUAUUUCCAGUAAGAAUUAGACAAAACUGAGAAGAUUUUAGAAGUUUUUAGAGGCAUCCUGUUUUGUGCCUGAAUGCCAAUGCCUAAGAAUCGAAUCGUGAAACAUACUUCAAAGUUUUGAGCCCAGUUUGUACCAGUAUUGUAUAAUUCAAGCGAAACACACACAUAAUCAUUAUUUAUAGAGUUAAAUAAAGUAUAUUUCUUGAUGAUAGAAGAAUACACGGUU